AUGACUACUAUCGACUCUUUGCCCGUUGAAAUACUCUUCCAGAUCUUUCACUACAGUUCUCCGCAAGAGCUUUGGUGCCUUAGUCUCACAUGCAAAAGACUAGGACUUAUAGCCAGUACUUGCUUAUGGUCAGACAUCGAACUUCACGAGAAAGGAUAUCAUGAGUCGAGCGCUGAGAUCGUUCAUCCACCACCUUACAGGACAACGCCGCGUCCGUACAACACCUCGGGUAGACAUGGCUGGCACAGCGAUAUUUACAAAAGAGCAGAGAAGCUGUUCACGCUGCUACAUAAUUUACAUACAAAUGAUGAAGCGCGUCUGGCACAGCUUGCUGGUAGAGUGAGAAGUCUGUGUACAGUGAUAGACCCGAUUUGGCAAUCUGAGCUGGAUCAGCGCGCAAAUACGAUAUGGAACAUUCUGCCUUACUUUACCAGACUUGAGUCGCUUGAGUUACACGGCAUCCCCAGUACCGUACAUAAUGGCAACGUUGGGAUACGCUUGAGCGUUGUGCAGCCUUUGGCUAAUCUCAAAUUCGCAAAGCUUUUCGCGUACAUACCACGGGAUGUUGCAACGUAUGUACUUCGGUCCAAUGCUAGCCUUGAACGCCUGGAGCUCGGAAUGCUAGACGAUCCAAAGCCCGGCGAUAUCGGUAUAGAGUCGGUCGAUAACCUCAACUUUACCAGGCAGCAGACUUACCGUGGUGGGGUCAUUCCUCGUUCAUUAGGUGGCUUCUUUCCCGAAUACUCUCCAUCGUUUCAAAAGUUGAAGUAUAUACACUUUUGCCAGCCUUGCAAUAGUCGGGGAGAUUACUUCAACCAGAUGAACGCCUGGUCUGCAUAUGCAGAUAAGGCAGCCCUAGGAUCCUGGAAGAAUAUCCUGGUUGCUUCAUGCCAAACACUGGAGACCUUGAUACUGGACCAGAGACCUGGAGCUGGUGUGGAAGACAAUGAAGGGUUAUCGGAGGAAGAGUUCCUCAACACUGGUUCAUCCGGCCUAGGCAACAAAGGAAUCAUUGAGUCACUCGGAAGCAUGCUCACAAGCGAAUCUGAGCUUCCUAGGUUGAGUCAAGUGUAUCUGUAUGGGUUUGUUGUCAGAUCUCCUCUUCGUAGGAGACCAUCUGAGGAAACUCCUGGGGAUAUCCUGUUGCAUGGCCUCAAGAGAAGAGGUGCUAAUUGCGAGGCUAGGAGGGGAAAAUGGUGUCUGUUUGAUCAAGAGACAGGGAAGACAUCAUGGGCGAAAUGGGACGGAGAUGGAUGCACCAAUCUUCACGACGAAUAUAUGGGAGUUAAAUGGUAUACUGUUAUGGCCAAAGUCUAA